GGCGGGUGUCGGCGGUAUUCCGCGGGAAAUAAUCGAUAGUGUUGUGUUUGCCAGUUCGGAGCGUGAUGUGUUAGUGUCAGUGUUGUGUUUAGUGUUUUAAAUACUAAAGAAGGCAGUACAUCGGAGUGCUGGAUGUGAAAUGAAUAGUUGCAAUGAGUGCCAAACACAAGAUCUGUCGUGACCCUGGAGACACUGAGUCCGAGGAGGAUGUGACAGAAUCCUUGGAGAACUGUGACAACUUUGCGGUGAACGAGGCUCUCCUGCAGCGGGCGCUUCUGCAGGAGACUCUUCUGCAAAGGACACUUCUGCAUUCCAACGCUUCUUCGCCGGCUUGGGACAGCGACAGUGAGAGCGACAGUUGGGUCAGCUACCAGAAAGAUGUGGGAGUCAAGAGUUUCUCAGUGUCUCCGGAUAUUCAUCGGGAAGAUGUCGACAGCGAUGAAGACGAAGAAGAUAAAGAUGGUCAAAACACACCAUGCAGUUCCACCUCGCCUGUUAAACGAGAAUUAGAUAUUUUCUCAAGUUCAAGAUGCGAUACACCAAAUAUGAAGAAAAGUGAAAAUAAUGUAGACGAGAAGUUAAAUGGGACUCCUAGAAAAGGGCAUGUUAGGAAUUUAAGUUUAUCUCCUAAAAAAGACUUUAUCGACGAAGCAAUCAAGUGUAAGUUGGACGACAUAAUUCAUCUUCCAAAGGAAGACGAGAAAUCAAAUGGGAUAUCAAACAAAAAGGGACAUGUCAGAAAUUUGAGCUUGUCUCCUACAAAAUACUCGCUUGUUGCUGAAGAACUAAAGUGUAAUAAGAUCAACGAUGUGACAUCUUCAAUUGUUGAAAAUAACAAUAGUAUCGAACACAGAGUGGCAAGAAACCAAACCUUUACGAAAACAGAGAACAAAGAUGAAGAAAGUUCAGACUUGCAAAUCAACCCGAACAUAAGAAAAAUAGCUCCUAAAAAGCCGAAACCAAUCUUGAAAGAAUCCAGCAUCGAGAAACAUUCAGAAAGUCCUAGAUUAAAUAGGAAAUUCAACAGCGUUUCUCCUAAAAGAAAGAAGAACAAAACGUUGGCGUUGUCACUGGAUGGGAAUUUAGAAAAGGAAAUUUCUGAGACUCCUACCAAUGAAGAUAUUCUUAGUGAUGGAAGUGAGAAGACGAACAAAGACAGACUCGCUAGGACUCCUAUAAGGAGGAAUACCUACUUGAAACGGGACAGUAGACCGAAGAGUGAAGCUUUCCUGGAUUCUUUGGCGAAGGAUGACAAACCUGAGGAAGUCUACAAAAGUAACAUCAGCCUCAACAGUGUGAGUCCAAGUGUGCAGAGUUUCUGCAGCGAGGGGAACGACCCGAGGAAUGGCGAGGAAGUCGACAGGGUUGGAAACGUGGAGCAGAAAAGAUCAAACUUCGCGUUCAUCAGGGGAUCGGACCCCCGAGUGGCGACAUGUCGCGGCAAGCUGCAGAACAAACGAAGCAAACUCAACCAAGAGAUCAACAAAGAGUUGCGACUCAGGGCUGGUGCGGAGAAUCUCUUCAAGGCGACCACCAACCGGAAGUUGAAGGAGACAGUUGCGCUAGAGUUGAGUUUCGUCAACUCCAACUUACAGCUGCUCAAGGAACAGCUCGCUGAGCUCAACAGCUCGGUGGAACUCUAUCAGGGGGACAGCCCUGAGCCAGUAAUGCCAAUGAUACCUCUAGGUCUCAAAGAAACAAAAGAGAUAGACUUUCGAGAACCGUUUAAGGACUUUAUUUUGGAGCACUAUAGCGAAGAUGGCACCAACUAUGAGGAUGCAAUAGCCGAAUUAAUGGAUUUAAGACAGGCAAUGAGGACACCUCAUAGAGACGCCACUGGGGUAGCUCUACUGUUUCAGUAUUACAACCAACUAUAUUUUGUAGAGAGAAGGUUUUUUCCACCUGACCGAAGUCUUGGGAUAUAUUUUGAAUGGUAUGAUUCAUUGACUGGGGUACCGAGUUGUCAGCGAACGGUUGCGUUUGAGAAGGCUUGUGUAUUGUUCAACAUAGCGGCUCUAUACACACAACUAGGAGCGAAACAAGACCGUCUAACUGCUAAAGGGCUGGACGCAGCGGUAGAUAACUUCCUAAGAGCAGCUGGUACCUUCACCUACGUCCAUGAGAACUUUACCAACGCACCCAGUAUGGACCUGGCCCCUCACAUGCUGGACAUGCUAGUACAACUCAUGUUGGCUCAGGCUCGAGAAUGUUUGUUCGAGAAGCUCGAGCUUCAAUCAAGGGACAAACGAGAUGUCGACGUCUCAUUGGACUUGGCUCAAGAAGCAGCACAGGUGUCGGAGGUGUACUGCUCCGUACAGACGCUGAUAUCCGUGUCCGCAGUGAGAGAUUACGUGCCAUACUCGUGGUUGUCGCUGGUGCAAGUCAAGCGUGAACACUACGCAGCCCUCGCUCACUACCAUUCUGCCGCAGGAUUGCUCGCAAAGGACCUAGACAGUCUUAGCUCCCGGACAAAACAGGCUCUACAGCUGUUACAUAGAGACUUGGAUCCUCGGACGGCACUCGACAUGUCUCAACCGCAUGACGACCACGAGCGGAAACUGCUAGGUCGAGCACACCUCAGGGGAGCUCUCAUGUUGCAUGAUGAAGCCGAGAGGUUGCUGCGGAUGUGUCGGGAGUUACGCAACAAGAAAGCACUCGCCCAAGUGUUGUCCAGGUCCAGAGACGAGACCACAACUAUGUACAGCAACCACACGGAGCAGAUUGACGACUUCAGCGAAAUACUCGACCCUCCUCACAUUCACGCCUCCACCAAGUUCCAGCUGAGUCUGACUCCCCCAGACUUUGCCCAGUUGAGGGUGGAAGAUCUGUUCAAAGGCCUAGGUCCGGUGGCCAUCUUCUCCGCCAAGCACCAUUGGACGGCGCCACGCUGUGUACAGCUCCACCGCGGCGACGGAGAGGUCGGCUUCGGCUUUAGUGUGAGGGGUGACUCCCCCGUCAUCAUAGCUGGAGUGGACCAUGGCUCUUUGGCUCAUUUUGGUGGGAUGAAAGAAGGAGAUUUCAUCGUAUCCAUAGGAGACAAAGACGUCAAAUGGGCUCUGCAUGAGGAAGUGGUCAGAUUGAUCAAAGACGCUGGGGACUCCCUUAGUCUCAAACUGGUCACUCCGAUGGACAGGAACUAUCUCAAGCAACCAUCGAGUAGUUCUCAGUCGAGCACCCACAGCAAGUCGAGUACCAGCAGUCAGCCUAGUCCAAGCAACACUACGAGUUCUCACAAGCGACUGACGUGGAACCCCUUCAGACGUCAGCGAGAGCGAGAAACGAGCUUCAACCUCAUCUUGAGAUAAACUCUUCCCCUAGACCUACCCUUAGUAGCCUUGUGGUAAAUGCAUUGAAAAAGAUGAUUAGAGUAACCUAACUGUUUCUAGAAUAUGAAUAGUACAAAAGUGGAAAAUUAUGAAAAUAUUUUACAGAUUAAAUCGUUAGUCUGAAAAAAUACAUUAAAUAUUUUUAUGCUAUCAGAUUCUCUCUUGUUCACACAAUUCUCGACUAGAUUCUUGUCUCAACGUAAACAAGUCCUAAUGGUCAGAAGUUAUUUAUAACUAGACAGUGAAAGAGGUUGUGACUAGUUUGUUUUCAUGUCCGAGUCUGAGCAUGUGUGUGUGAGUUAUGUAGGUAAUUUUUAACUAUUGAAAGUCUGAACAAGAGAAAAAUCUACCAUACAUGCUUUUGUAUGGGUGAAAACCCUUUGAAUUGGUGGUAAAGAAAAUAUUUUUUCAAGUACUGGUAAAACUGUUUGAAAUAUGUUUAUAAAUAUGAAGACAAUCUUAUAAGUCAAUAAUUUGUGUUUUAAGUACGC